AUGCCACCCACCGAAUACUCCACGCCCAGUGGAGGUGCCGGCAAACUCAAGCUCAAAGGCAGCAGCCGAAUAGAAAAGAAGAAAAAGAAGAGCAGCAGCAGCAGCAAGAAAUCCACCGCUGCUGAAUCCGAGGGACAGCAGCAAGUCCAAGUCAAGCAAGAUAAAGAUCAGGAUCAAGAAGAAAGAAGCGGUUCGCUACCUCGUGAUGAACAAUCAUCUACGCCCGGCCCUGCCGUCAAGACCGAAGCAGAGAAGAAACACGAGGAGAUGAGGAAGAAGAGACUCCAAGAACGACUAAAACGCGAAGGGGUCAAAACCCACAAAGAGCGAGUCGAAGAACUAAACAAGUAUCUUAGCAGAUUAAGUGAACACCACGAUAUGCCGAAAAUUGGACCGGGCUAA